AUGGAUAAAGACGAAUCUGAGGAAGAAGAAACUGAUGAAGAGAGCGUCAGUAACGAGAGCACUAAUGUUGAGGAUGAGAAGCGAAAGCAAGACAGAGAGGAAAAUAACGAAGAACAUGGACAAGAAGAGAUUGAUGAGGAGAGCGAGGAAAAUGUGGAGUCCAAGGAGGAACAGGAAAACAGAAAAAAAUCGAUCGCUAAAGAAUCAGGUGACUACAAAAAUAAAUUACCGGAAGAAAUUGCUCAGUGA